AUGGCCCUUCGCAGCAAGCUCGCCGAUAUUAAGAAGCUGGACUCCUCCGCCAUGACCUACUUCAAAAAGAUGAAGGUGCUGGCAGACACACUCACCCCUAUCGGUCGGUCGCUCAGAGACGAGGAGUUUCCUGGCUUUGUCAUCAAAGGCCUCGAUGCCGACUAUGACAAUCUUGCUGAGGCUAUUCACAACGCUAAGCCAGUGAUGCCCCCGCACGAGCUCUACUCAUGA